AUGGUGCCCCAUCAUUGGUAUCAUGGGAGGAAUGGUGCCCCGUCAUUGGUCUCAGUGGGAGGAAUGGUGCCCCGUCAUUGGUAUCAGUGGGAGGAAUGGUGCCCCGUCAUUGGUAUCGGUGGGAGGAAUGGUGCCCCGUCAUUGGUAUCGGUGGGAGGAAUGGUGCCCCGUCAUUGGUAUCGGUGGGAGGAAUGGUGCCCCGUCAUUGGUAUCGGUGGGAGGAAUGGUGCCCCGUCAUUGGUAUCGGUGGGAGGAAUGGUGCCCCGUCAUUGGUAUCAGUGGGAGAAAUGGUGCCCCGUCAUUGGUAUCAGUGGGAGGAAUGGUGCCCCUUCAUUGGUAUCAGUGGGAGGAAUGGUGCCCCGUCAUUGGUAUCAGUGG